GUACCUAACUUCCAUGGUGGCACAAGCCUUCACAGUUCGUCGUCACAGCCCGAAUGGCUGGCGGGAGACAUCCCGAUUCGCCUGGAACUUCUGGAACUUCUGGACGGCAUCGGACGACACAGAAGUAGGCCACGUGCUCGUCUGCAUCUCGCUUGCCCCUCGUCAAAUACCAUGAGAUCUGGUACCGCUGGCUUCUGCAUACAUGAGGCGCAGCACGACAUGCUUCAAAGUCCGGACUCCUCGACCCAUUCAGGGGCUACUCCGUUUGCUGCUGCACAUCUCUGGCCGUGAGAUUGAUUGCUGUGAAGAACCCCACCUCCCGCCGCGCUCAACCUGGAACCUGCUCUCUCGUGGUACUUGGCUCUGCAUGUUCGGUGGGCGGAAAAUCCCGUCAGCAUCGCGGGGGAAACUUCUUGUGCUUCCAUGGAUCGGCGGCCUCCCUGGCCCUUUCGAGGGGUUGUUCGCCCGGGUCUUGAAGUUCGGAGAGGCUCCAGCCGCGGCAUUAGUGGAGGUCACUCAGCUGACCGGGCGUGUGGACUCCUCGCUCACUCUUUUCAUCCCCGGACUUCGUGCCCACGGGUCUGUGCAGCACACACGGAGAGCAAGCCGCCGGUCCGAGGUUCGAACGCAAAUGGAAGUUUUCGCGGGGUCCCUGGAGACUGCACGCGCGCUGGGUUCUUAGGUAGUUGUCUUGGAUAGUUCUCACAUCAGCUUGAGUCCCUCGUCUAUUCCUUUUAUAGCAAGCGAAACUGCCUCCCUGCGCAUCGAAUGUCUCAAUGUGUCGGCCGAUCCAAAGUGA